AUGGCACUAUGUCUAUUUAGACAAUUGUUGGUGUUUUACUUCUCAGUCUCAGCUGCUUUUGCGUCGAACUCUUCGUUGCUACGACGUCAAGGGGUAGAUACCAGCCCGACCAUAUCGCCGCUUUCUAUCUAUGUUGGCCAUGACGAAUCCGUUAGCUCCCCGAUUCAAAAUGUUAGUCCGUUUGAUCAGAUAUCCCUGGGCGACGCAACAUUUAUUGUGUUUUAUCUGCCAGCUGACACAGACAAUAAUAAUCUAAACGACAACGCUAUAAAUGACUUAGCCUUAGCGCUCAUCAAUAUCCUUGUAAGAGAGGACAAGAUCAUCUCUUUCGCUCAGAUCCCUGGACUUGAUAAAUCACCUGCUUUUGACCAUCAGUAUAUCUCUCUUGGGCAUGGCGAACCCAGUGUGCCCGUAUCGAGCAGUGCUCGAUGUAAAUUGCUGUACAACCGUUUCAUUAUGCUUCUGGAAUUCGAUAGCACCACCGGUUACUAUAAUGACUUUGGCGAAGGACUAAUCAGUGACUACUCUCUAUUUUUCUCAUCAAGUCCUAACGAAACACUGGCUUGUGUCGCGUUUAUUCGAAGUGGUGAGGGAUGGAGCUAUGGAGAAGCGGAUGUCUCUAGGCAUUCAGAGCUCUUAUGUGAUGGAAGUCCGCUGUGGGAUCUCACGGUCAAGUCGUGGAGCACACCAACGGACGAUUCAAUCCGUGCUUUUAUUCAGGGUGGCGACGACUCGGACACGCAUGAAGCAACGCCUGACGGAGUAUGGUGGUCCGGUUUAUCAGAAGGUGAAAGCUUCACAAAAGCGUUGGGCAUUCAAUUGCUUGGGGUUGGUAAUUUCGACUGCAACCUGGAGAACCCCUGCAAGCAGAAUCUUGUAUGUACCGACGUUGGCUCACGGACGGCGCUACUGCUGCAGAAGACAGUCUUGCCGUCCUUGUGGGGCUAUAUCGUCAUUGCUUCUGUGCUAAACAUCAAUCAACAAUUGAACAACGUUUGGGUUGCUCUCGGCGCAGCGGCGGCCUCGACAGCCUUAGAUAACUUCAACAUUGACGAUUUCUACCCGACACCCGAUACUGAUCCUGGGAUAGGUUCAAUCUUAGCAGGCUUGGGACCAAUAUUAGGUCUUUUCUCCGGUAUAGAGCCUUUUGGUCCUGCAAUAGGAGCAGGAGGAAAUGUACUCUCUGCCUUCAGUUCAUAUUUAUCAGAAUCGAUAUCGCAGUCGAAAGAUCCAGAUCUAGCACAGAAGUUAUUUGCACCGAGAGCCAAAGCGAUAUACCGACAAUUUGGUACGGCACUUGACAAGGCUUCACUGUUCAUUUUCAAUGGUAGUAUCGUACCGAGUGAACCUGCUUUCAACAUAACUGAUAUGAUGUCAAAUGGUACAUGGGUAGAUUCAAUGACUGCUCUUACGCCAGUCAGCGACCUGGAGUUGAACAUAAACAUUGAGAUCACUUCUCGCUCUAUUAAUGAACUCUGGAAUACUUUUCCCAACAACAAAAGGUGGGUUUUGUAUGUCAACUUAAACGAUAUCAACACGAAUGCGUCUUGCGUGGCAGAUAUGACGGGCCCACCAGAUUCCAAGUAUUGCGCAGAUGAGGGUGUUUAUUACACAUACAACUUCAUUCCGAAAGAUGGGCAGCAUCAAGGCGUUGUAGGCUAUCCUUGGGGUGGUCAGAAGCUCUCUGAAGUAGGCUUGAACCUAACUUGGGUUACCGAAGCAUCUGCAAGAAGCUACAGACUGGCGAAACAAACAGGCACAGAUCCAUUCAACUUUUCAUACCCUCUUUCCAACGCUACGCUUUUGACACAAGCCCUGUACCCUGAGGGUUGUCAGGAUUUCGACAUCUGUGCCGGGCGCUAUGCAGGUAGCUGGACACUACCGGUCUGUGAUGCCUCGGACUGGGGCAAACCCUGGAACUUCAACUACAACAAUUCUGACUUUGGGAAGCCGAGAGGAGAUUCCUUGAGCGAUCAGACAUGGGACGGAGGUCCUGGAGGAAGUGAGACGGCGGCUUGGGCAAAAGCUGCCGGAAUGGCCGACCCGAACUUUGACACGUACUAUGACAAAUGCUCCAUAGCAUUGACUUCGGAUUUCCAGUGGCCAUCCGAAAUUUCAAGUGUGGAUCUUGGCUUUGGGGAUCUCAUACAAAAACCCAAGAAACGGAAGGUCAGAGGCUGGAUCGUUAGUCUGGCAAAGAAGGUCCGACGUGCAUUCUCUCACGCGUCAAGCUUUGCACAGGGUCAUGGCUAG